CCAGUGGUACAGAUGGAAGCAGCAUCCCUCGCUGAGAUGGGAGACUUGUGUCAUCCCCGGUCCUCUUCGCCAGAGGAGGAGACAGUUUGUGCGGCUCUAGCCCGUUAUGAGAACACUCUGCAGGACGCCAUCAGGGAGAUCCACUUGGACGUCAGUGCUUUUAAGCUGGGCAUGGAGCGUCGUCUGGAGGAGACAGCCAACGUGAGCGGACCACUAGCACGAGCAGUGGUUCAGCUCCAGCAGGAGAACCGGCAGCUCAGGAGUCAGCUGGAAGCUCUGACGCAACAGGUGGAGCUCCUGAGCGGGAUGACAUGUGACAGGAGCACCCUGUCAAACAGCAACCACAAUCACAGUCUGAACCACAAGAAUCACCUUAAUGAUAUUCAGGAAAACUAUCAGGAGAUUACAGAGGUGGUGUAUGGGAAGGGUCAGGCUCACACUCAGAGCCAGGCUCAGCUCCACAUCCAGCCCUGCACCCAAGGGAGCCAAGCCCAGACCUACAGCGGCCUUAGCGGUCAGUCGAGCCCUGCAUCGCCCCCUGCCACUUUCUCAUCCUCCCCGAGUCACAGCAGUCCUCUUGCUGGCUCCAGAGUUUCCUCCAUGCUGACAGGCCCAGUGUCCAGCAGCAGCCCCUCCACCACUCGCUUCUCCAGCCGAGCCAUGUUUGCUGUGUCCAGCAAGACAAACAGCAUUGAGCGAGAAGAGCCAAUAGAAGUGGACCCCGCCCCCAGACACGCAGGCCUGGAGAAUGGUCACGCUGCCACAACAGAACAUUCAAUGUUGGUACACGGAGAGAUCUCUCCACCCGUUGAUUUCCCACACGAGCACACAGCCCCUGUCGCCAUGCGAAUGCCUCACCUUCCCAUCACCGCCACAACCAAGACAGCGGAGCUCAAGGGCUCUCCCAACUCUCCCAACUCUCCCAACUCUCCCAACUCUCCCAGCAGUCCUAUUGAUUCUCGGUCCUCCCCUGACUUUGAGGCCUCUUCUCCUGGUCAUUCAAUAACAACAUUCAACCAGCCUCAACCAAUAGAAGAGUCUUCACUUCAAUCAGUAUCUUCUGUAAAGACAUGGACCCCUACACCUAUCAGAGCCCUCGGCCUUCAGGAGAAGACAAGUUCAGCUCCUGCUAAGUCAGUGACCUACGCAGGGUUACAGCAGCAUGAAAGAGAUGGUGAUAUAAACAGUGACAAAUCCUAUGGACAGGUAGGGGAGAGGAGGAGGGAACUAGUGAGGUCACAGACUCUGCCUCGUAACAUUGGUGCUCAGGCUCGUCGAUCUAUUUUUGAAAGAAUUGACUCUGAAGCAACUAUCAGCCGUACCAAACCAGUGGAGUCCAAAUCCAAACUCAAGCGGUCUCAGAGUUUUGGGGUAUCCAGCGCCAGCAGCAUCAAACAGAUCCUUCUGGAGUGGUGCCGAUCCAAGACCAUAGGCUACCAGAACAUCGACAUCCAGAACUUCUCGUCCAGCUGGAGUGACGGGAUGGCGUUCUGUGCCCUCGUCCACUCCUUCUUCCCCAUUGAGUUUGACUACACCAUUCUGUCGCCCGUCAACCGUAAACACAACUUUGAGCUGGCCUUUGGAACUGCAGAAGUGAAGGCUGGCUGCGAUCGGCUGAUCGAGGUGGACGACAUGAUGAUCAUGGGUCGUAAACCAGACCCCAUGUGUGUUUUCACAUAUGUCCAGUCCCUCUACAACCACCUGCGCAAGUUUGAGUGAAGCUUAAACCUCGGGGAUCCAUCUUCCUCCACGGUUCUCCUUUUACACUCAAACUAUUUCAGCCUCCACCUACAGCAGUGGGUUCUUCCUCCUCACCUCUCAGCUAGACGGAGAUACAGAGCUGGCAUGGUCGCACUUUGAAAACACUAUGCUGUCCCCUGGUGGUGGAUAAGUGGACACUCCUCCAAACGGUGCAGGAAAAAUGCUCACAGAUGGGAAAAUGUCUCGUGGGGGAAACGUAGUGUAUA